AUGUCGUCCAUUGCGAGCCGCUUUUCAUCGCUCUCUUCGCAAUCGGCCAACUCUUUUCUUCCUCCAAAGCCGACCUACAAUUCUCCAAAGCUCGUCCAGGACCCCAUCCUUGCUCCUGUGCAUCCGGAACAUCUGGGCACGGUACCACAUCCUUUUGCUUCGUCGAGCUAUGUUACCUCGAGACGCGCACCACGGAAGCCUGAGCAGUAUGGCGAUCAGUCGCAAACCUUUUCUAAAGCGCAUCCGCAUUCACAUCUCAGAAGCACCUCCGAGUUUGGAGCCAUGUACCACAGCCACGACUUGGAACACUUUGCGGUCUCGGACGCUCCAUCCGCGGAACCAGACGACUUCAGUGCGAGUAUCAAACAGCGGCAGAGAAGUAACACGGUUGGCUCUCACUUGACUGUUUGCUCGGGCUUUGACGCUGUUGAUGAGACGCUCGCUUCACCGAACCAGUUCAAGAGCCAGUUUGACGAUUCCGACGAUGAGGAAAAGGUCGAAUUUGCAAAUCUAUCGUUUGCUGGUGUAUCCACUCGAGCGCGACUGGCGGCGAUCGGAACGGCGAGUCGAUUGUUCAAGCCUAAGCGGCACAGCAGAGCCUCUUCCAGUGGGCUGACUCUCAACAUGCAGUUGGAAAAGUCAGCAGCUGACCAACGCAAGCCUUGCUCAUUUCGUCCGUCAACAAGCGAAGGCUUAAGUCCUCUUCCGAGGCAAGCCGUGUUUGGGCAUCGUCCGACUCCUUCGGAGCUGAGCGUGGUUUCCAGUUCGUCCAAGCCUCGUACGGUGGAAGCUGCGGAUCGCGAUUUGAUCUUGGCGCUUCAGGGACGCACUUGUAAAACGCGCUCUAAGCCGGCUGACAAGAACAAGGCGGCUUUCAAGCAGGCAGAACAGCAUCGUUGUUCGCACGUCGUUCUCGAAUCUGCCAAUGUACUGCUGAAUCACACCGAGAGCGGUGCCAACUGGAUGGCUCCGCCUCCGUACUGUUCGCCUACGGAAGCUGAAAUGGGACGAGGCCAGAUGCUGCGCAAAUCACAGUCCUUGUCGACGCUCCGCUUCGAUGUGAGCCGCCGACCUGUCAACACCUACAUCUCGCCAUCCAUCUCACCAAAGACUCUCGCUCCGAAAGCGGCUGCAAUUGCAUCGCAGCAUACCAAUCAGAGCGCUUGGGACGCCAUGCUCAGCUCUCCGCCUAGCACUGUCAGCGAUUACGCAAGCGGUGAUGGCUAUGCCAACGUCACACAGUCCACUGCCAGGUCUUGUCCGACCAAGCAUGCCAAAACGCAGCGUCUGCCACCGCAAAAGCCGCCGCCCAUGACGCGCUUGCCGCUUCCACCUCUACCGCCCAAACAUACGCGCGUGCGCGUGCAAUCGCGUGCUCAGCCAAAAUCCUCCAAGCCCUCGUUCGAGUCGGAGCUUUCUUCGCCUAGUUCGCACGGAUCGACGCGCUCGAGCACUCAGAGCACAGUUGCACCAUCGGCGCUCAAGGAUCGACACACCUGGUCGCAUGCGUCGACAUGGCAGCCAGAUUCACAGGUGGUGCUCGACAUUGGGGGCACCAAGUUUGUCACGCUCGUGUCGACACUUGAGGGAGCAAAUCGUGAUGAGCCGCGGCUUUUGGCGCUGCUGCAGUCGAGCGCUCACGGUGUGGCGUGCAAUGAUUCGGUCUUGGGAUGCUUGCUGACUCGGGGUCAGCACACCAGUAGUCGCAGCCGUGAGCGAUCGAAUUCCGAGUCGAGUCAAGGCAGUCGGCGCUCGUGCUCGCGUGCUGAGACCACAGCGUCGUCGAGCUCAGCGUUGGAUGGGAUGCGUGAAUCCAAGUGUUCAACGCGAACCAGCUGCAGCGGCUCUUUUGACUUGAGCUGGUCCAAGAACGUAGUGACAGGCUGCAACACCGACAUGGAGCCAGCCCAAGAGAAAUCGUACGAUGCGCUUGCGGACGCAGAUCGUGUUAGUGGUCGUGUCCGCGCUUCUCCCUGCAUCUUUCUGGAUAGAAACGCCGACCUGUAUCGCGACCUGCUCGACAUCCUUCGGUAUCGCAAACUCCCAUAUCGCCUCCAAGCCUCGUCGGUCGCUGCUACUCGCAACACUUCUCCCGACAAUCCCACAGACCCCACUCUCACAGCCCUGCACAUCCAGCUCCGCUGUCGUCUGCACGAACUCAUGCACGAGGCUUCCUGGCUGGGCUACCUCUCGAUCGUCGAUAUGUGCCAUGCAGAGAUCGCCGUCGUGUAA